AUGCAUAUUCGGGGUGUUGCUGCGUAUACGGGAAAACGCAGACAACAUAGAUUUGUUCAAAUCGUGCAUCGAAUAUCCAAUACGUACCUCGCAACAUUGCACGCGCUGCUAUAUUUCGAUGAAGAUUCACGAUUAUUGCACAUCGCGUGCGAAGUAGUGGAAUUUCGUGCGGCGCUCCAACACGAGGAUAAAGAUGUGCAAGGGUCGAUCGCACGAAUGAUACGCGACAACAGGGUGAACAAUCGUAACGAAGUAACGGCAAACGAAGAAGCUGCAGCGACGCCACCCUGUUUUGCUUCUUGUCAGCAGCAGCAAGUUUCGUGCGUAUCGCCUCGUGUAGAACCUCGGGCGGUAGCCAGGGUGUUGCCAAUGCAACGCCCUGCUCCUACGGCCCAACGUCGCCGACGAGAGGGGGCAGAAGAAGAAGAAGCAAAUGAACCUCCGCUGCGAACAGCCCGUAGAGAUGAAGCGGAGCUUUCUCCUCCUCUUCCUCCUCCUCCCGUUGAUUCCGUGCAAUACGGGGACGGAACUGUAAAUGUUGCGCAAGAAAAUAGUAAACAGGACGGCACCAACAACGAGCGCAGCGACGACACCGUCGAGCGUUACACCGGCAGCAGCAGUGCUACUCCCACCACCCCCGACAGCGCCGCCGAGAGAAGCAACAGCGACAACAUCACCGCCGAGCGUUACACCGGCAGUGCUACUCCCGCCAUCCCCGACAGUGCUGCCGAUGACGAGAGAAGCGAACAGAUCGGUACAGCGUCUGUGAAAAUUCACGUGCCCACUCUUUGCGUUGCACAGCAGAUUUGCGUCGCGUGUGCGGGCGAGGACGACAUGACGGUACGUUGCCGGUGGUGCGGUGUGCGCGAAUUCGUGUUCCGCGAUGAUCCGGUGAGGCGAUUCGUCGAUUUCGUUACGAGAACAACAAAAUGUUUCAAGCAGAUUAUCUGCAUCGCACACAACGCCAAGGCGUUCGAUGCGCAGUUCAUCCUUUGUUACAUCACGGAAAAACGUGUCAAUUUGGAUCAACGAGUAAUAUUAAACGGGACGAAGAUCGUCGUAUUAACGGCCGGGCGUACGAAAUUUAUUGACAGUAUCAACUAUAUGCCGAUGUGUUUGUCAGCUUUGCCGAAGGCUUUCGGUUUGCGGGGUGAGGUGGAAAAAGGAUAUUUUCCGCAUUUAUUUAACACACUUGCGAAUCAGUCGUACGUCGGUCCGUUACCAGCCGUUGAAUAUUACUCGCCGGAUAGUAUGUCUAGCGAAGAACGCGAAUGUUUUUUGUCGUGACACGCGGAACAGAUGCGCAAAAACGCAGUUUUUGACUUUCAACGCGAAAUAGUUCGUUAUUGUCGUAACGACGUUGAUAUCUUGCGGCAAGAGUGCAUGGCCUUCCGCAAGAUAUUUCUCGAGCGCGGAAACGUAUUUUCGUUCGAAGAAUGCACGACCAUCGCUUCCACAUGUAUGCGCGUUUUCCGCAAAAACUUUUUACGUGAGGAAGAGAUCGGCGUCAUUCCUCGCGGAUAGCAAUCCUGCAAAGCUCUGCAGUGGCUGGUGUGGAAGGAGCGCAAGCUCGGCCGCAUCAUUGUUCACGCGGGUCACGGGCGAGAACAUCGUCUCACGGAAGUCGGAGGCAUUCCCAUCGACGGGUAUUACGGGUAUUACGAGACGGCGAACGGUGAGCGUCACGUGUUGCAAUAUCACGGCUGCUUUUGGCACGGGUGUCCCGUGUGUUUUAAAACGGAACGCGACAAACGUCUCUGCACGGGGGAACGCGAAGUGUACGACACGAUAAACUCGCGAUACGAGCGUACACUGACAACGUCAUGGCGUCUUCGCAAACGAGGGUACAUCGUGACGGAGAAAUGGGAGUGCGCUUUUGAUUGCGAUACGCGGGAAAAUCGCGAAAUGCGAGCGUUUUUAGACCAACAUCCGAUGCUCAUGGCUGAACCGCUUUUACCGCGUGACGCGUUUUUCGGCGGUCGAACGGGAAACAUCGCGAUUCGGCGCGAAGUUACGGGUACGGAGAAAAUACGUUACGUAGACGUGUGUUCUUUAUACCCUUACGUGUUGAAAACCGGCGCUUUCCCGAUUGGACAUCCGAAAAUUCUUGUCGGACAAAAAAAGUGUGCCUCGCUCAUCGGGGCGAUGCUCGGUGUCGAUUUUUCCGCGGUCGAGGGGCUUGUGCGUUGUAGAGUGCUUCCUCCGCGCAAUCUCUUUCACCCUGUACUCCCGUACCGCGUGCAGGGCAAACUGCUGUUUGCCUUGUGCCGCAGUUGCUGCGAAAACUUCUCGCAGACACAGUGCUCGCACGAAAAUCUGCGCGAUCGUGAAUUCGAAGGCGUGUGGAUAUUGUGUGAAUUACUCAAAGCUGUGGAGAAGGGUUAUCUCGUGACUGCAGUGAGCGAGAUAUGGCAAUAUGAGACGAGCCAAUACGACGCUGAUACGCGUCAGAGGGUAUUAUUUGCCGAAUACAUAAACUGUUUUCUCAAAUUGAAGCAAGAGGCGAGCGGAUGGCCGAGCGAAUGCGUGGACGACUAA